GCGGAAAGGUCAAUGUCUGCCAUACUGCUAAUGGCAGUACGUAAGUCGUUAUAUAAUAUUAACAAUGAAUCUACCUUUGAUACCGGCAUAAACGAGACGAAAGCUGCAGCUCUCAGAGGUAAUAUUUGUGAUCCUACUGUCCUACAUAAACUGACGUGUUAAAAAAGACCAAUUGUUCUUAUUCAAAUCGCCACUUAGUUGCAAUUGUCAAUGUCGUUGGCGCAGCAAGAAUAUAUUCAUACGAUAACGCGUACCGUUCCUCAUGUUCCACACCGUCUGGACUCUAGUCGCAUACGGAAUGUUCUUCGCGAAAUGGUCACGAGACUACAUAUUGCAUGCUUGCUCCCGAGAAUACUGUCAACCUCCAGUGAGCGUUUGCAUUUUCUGGAAGAACAUGUUUGCCGAUUGUUGGCGCUAAUCAAACUGCAGUUGCACCUAAUUUUUCAUGUUCCUGUGCCACCGGAAACUGGGUGCUGUCUGCAUAGAACGGAUAGCAGACAAUACAUAUUGUGCGACACCCGUGACGGGCAUGAUGGCUCCGGUUUCGUUUCUUUAAGACAGCCAUCGUCAACAGAAUCUCUUAGCGUCGACGUGGCUUUGGAUGAUAAUAUUAAUUCCGUGGAGUGCUUGAGCACGGAUCAGGGCGGGCUGCUGGCACUGGAGGAAACGUUCUCAUCAUUGUGUCGGUGUUUUCUUGUGGCUGACAAGCUGGAAGGGCAGGGACGAUUGCUACAGCAAACGGAAGCCGUAUGCAGAGAACUCCAAGAUGAAAACUUGAAGUUGUUUCUCUUCUUAGGAAAACUGCACCAGUUCUCUGAAGAAAUAUUAUUGAACGUUGCGAAGCAGAGCAAAAGGACUCCAUACGAACAUAGCGUUUUGAGACGGAAGUCUGCAGCAGUUGAAAAUCUUGAACUCAAUAAGCUCCAAGAAUGCCAAGAAAUGAGACAAAAUUUCCUGAAUGAGUUACGAAAAAACAAACGGCUCGUCGAUGGCUUAUAUCGAAAUAUCCAGAUUCACCAGACAAAAAUGUUCUCUUGUUUGUCGCAAGUGCGGAAGAAACGUACGGAAGUCGGAAAACUGAUUUCUUCGCGAGCCGAAGACGACUCCGACCGGCACAAAAGAAAAUAAAUAAAUGCACGAAGAACGUAGAAGAGUCUUCGAGUAUAACUAGAGAAUGUGUUGAAAAGGGCUUCCUUAAAAUGAAGGAAGAAUGUAAGAAACUUUUUAAACUACAGCAAAAUAUCAAAACAAUGGAAACCACUCUGUUAAAGAAAACCCUCCACCUUAAGGAAGAGUUCAAUCAAGUAACAGGUGAUUUGGAGUCCGCGGCACAUAAUCUCGAAACGCAGAAAACGACAGAAAUAAAUAUUGUCGGAAAAGAAUACGCAAUACUUUUGGCCGAUCACAAUUCCCGUGUCGAACAAAAACUCAGAAUUGGGCAACUACAUGAGAAGAGAACAGCGGCAGCAUUGCUAAUACAGCGAUUUUGGCGUGGUUACACAACAAGAAAACUCUACGAACAAACAAAGAAAAUGAAACAACCUGCAAAAGCCUUACAGAAAAAAACCGCCAAUUCCAAAUCGAAAUGAAUCUGUGUUCUAGUAAUAUGAAAUUACUAAAGUCAUUUCGUAAAUUUAGUAGUAAACAGAUUUCUUUAGUGCAGCCGGUUUGUGGAAUUGAUAAUUGUAACAAAUUGAUACCUUGACAAGGCACGUCGUGAUGGAUCAUCUUAAAUGGCGGCAAACCGGGCACAAAGGACAAAGGUCAUUUCGUCAGUCCUUAUAGCAACAUCCUGAUGUAGAUACACAAACCACAAACA